CUAAGAGAAGGAGAGGAGAACUGCAACUCAUAGAACAACUCUUUGCCCGGAGCACGCUCGUAGCCAAGUGGAGGGGGAUAAAGGAAAGGACGGACAGCAGACCAAAGCAAUAGUAUUGGUUAGUCAACAGCAAGAGGCUCGGCAGCAGACACGCGUUAGACACUGCGCUGCUGCUGCAACCUUCACUAAAUUCGCAGUGAUAAUACGAGUGUGUAUCGUGUGGUGAAAAGGUUCAAACGGAGCGUCAGCAUAUACACAGACACAGGGCACGCGCACACGUAUCCGUGUAUGUACACAUGCGCGUAUUCGCCACCGCCAAUGCACAGAAGGCCUCGAUUGCUGACAGUUUAGUUUAAACCAACUGAAGUAAGCGCCGUGUACGUCGACGUCGACGACGAACGACUCAGCUUAUAAAGCCAUCGUCGCUGUGUUUUGACUCCUCUCUGCCAACUUGAACUCUCUCAAGCUCAACGCGCAUAUAUUUUUGCCUAACUAGACUAUAAAGGCAUCAAUAAAAAUACACAUUAUCAGUCACAAUGGAUUCUGAGGAAGAAACACUGUAUGAUGAUGUUGACUCUGGUAAUGAAUCCAGUGGAGACGAUGUAGAUUUUGCCAUGGAAAUCGAGUCUAGCAAUCUACGAGAGAAGGCAAGUGAUACAGAUGAGUAUCCAGUUGAAGUUCUUUCGACAGAAGAGAUUGUGCAGCACAUGGUGGAUUGUAUCAAAGAAGUCAAUUCAGUUGUAGAGAUACCAGCAACUACUACAAGGAUUUUAUUGAAUCAUUUCAAAUGGGAUAAAGAAAAACUGAUGGAAAGAUUUUAUGAUGGUGACCAGGAAAAAUUGUUUACAGAAGCACACGUAAUAAAUCCAUUCAGAAAAGGUACUGUAAUAGGUAGGAGUCGUUCUUCUCAUAAUUCUUUGUCUCGACGCAACUCUACAAAUUCAAUGGAAGAAUGUGGAAUCUGCUUCAACGCCUUACCAGCAUCUAUGAUGACUGGUUUGGAAUGUGGGCAUCGGUUUUGUACAGGUUGCUGGGGUGAAUAUCUCACAACAAAAAUCAUGGAAGAAGGAAUGGGUCAAACAAUAUCAUGUGCAGCACAUUCCUGUGAUAUUCUAGUGGAUGAUGCCACAGUUAUGAAAUUAGUCAAAGACUCUAAAGUCAAACUAAAAUAUCAACAUCUUAUAACCAACAGUUUUGUGGAGUGCAAUAGGCUACUGAGGUGGUGUCCAACGCCCGACUGCAAUAACGCGAUAAAAGUACAGUAUGUGGAAUCAAAGCCAGUAACGUGCAAGUGCAAUCACACAUUUUGUUUCAACUGCGGUGAGAACUGGCACGAUCCCGUCAAGUGUAACCUACUACGGAAGUGGAUCAAGAAAUGUGACGAUGACUCUGAGACGUCCAACUGGAUUGCAGCAAAUACGAAGGAAUGUCCUAAGUGUAACGUAACCAUUGAAAAGGAUGGCGGUUGUAAUCACAUGAUCUGUAAAAAUCAGAAUUGUAGACAGGAAUUCUGUUGGGUUUGUCUUGGACCUUGGGAUCCUCAUGGUACUAGUUGGUAUAAUUGCAAUCGUUUUGACGAAGAAGAUGCUAAAGUGGCACGAGACGCUCAGGAGAAGUCGAGGGCGGCGCUUCAACGAUACCUGUUCUACUGUAAUCGGUACAUCAACCACAUGCAGUCGCUCAAAUUCGAGAGCAAACUUUAUGCCAGCGUUAAGGAAAAAAUGGAGGAAAUGCAGCAACAUAACAUGUCGUGGAUUGAAGUACAGUUUUUGAAGAAAGCGGUAGACAUUCUUUGUUCUUGCCGCCAGACUCUUAUGUACACUUAUGUAUUUGCUUACUAUCUUCGUAAGAAUAAUCAAUCUGUGAUCUUUGAAGAUAAUCAAAAGGAUUUGGAGUCCGCCACUGAAUUUCUUUCAGAGUAUCUUGAGCGAGACAUCACCGGAGAAAAUUUGGCUGAUAUCAAACAAAAAGUUCAGGACAAAUACAGAUACUGUGAAAGUCGGCGAAAAGUGCUCUUAGAACACGUGCAUGAAGGUUAUGACAAGGAUUGGUGGGAGUACAUGGACUAAACAUUUGGAAGUUGAAAUACUGUGUUAUUUGCCGUUGUGCGCGGUCGAAGAGAAAUAAAACUUUCAAACAUUAAUUCAGCUGUGAUAAAUCGCAAAAGCUGAGAAAGACAUUGGAAAAUCGUAUAUCGCCGUCACUCAAAAUCUGUCAUUUUUAAGAUUGUAAUUGAAAACACGAUUUGAAGUCAUGUCUAUGUUCACGGAUAUUUUUUUGACCAUGGUUUUUUCAACCAUUUUUAUGGUUUUAUUUGAAAGAAGAAGAAAAAGCGUAGGGCCGAUGGUCUUUAUCAAAAGGCUUAAUAAAUAAACGAUUUUAUUUGAAUGAUUUCAUUGCAAACGAAGACGUAGUCUUUACUAUUAUCUCUAUUAUAAAUUCAUUAUUAUCAUUACUAUUAUCAUUAUUAUAACUACUCUAUAAUUUAAGUAGUUAUUUAAAUUACUGACUUAAUUAUUACGUCUGUUCGAAGCAAAUAUCCAUUUCAAGUAGAGUAGCAUCAGUUUAGUAAGGUAAUUGUGUAUAUGAUAGCGUAUUCAUCCCUUAUUUCUUAUAAUUGUUAGUCUAAUUUGCGUAGUUUUCCAUUGUGGGUUGCAAAACUACAAAAAAUAUAUCUUCAAAAAAAGGUGCUUUAAAUAUAAGUGAACCUGUGAUCACCACCAGCAAAAUGAAGAAUUGUGCAGUUUGUUGAGACAUUUCUUAUUCAAUCAUUCUUUCUUUUUCUUUUUCUUUUUCUUUUUCUUUUUCUUUUUCUUUUUCUUUUUCUUUUUCUCUACGCAUUUGAUGAAUACGUGUAAAUGUAUGCGCUUCAAACUGACACAGCAACCCCAAAAAAAAAAAUGAUUUAAUGUAAAAAAUUGUACAUUAAUGAUAUGAUACUGCGAAAAAAUUGUUAAAUCAUAAAAAAAGAAUGGAGUCGCUGAACUAUUUAAUCUAGAUCGGUGCUCCAUAUUUGGACUAUCACGUCCAGGCUUUACCUGCCAAACUUCAGAUUCAGUUCACAUUUUAGAUUUUGCGAUAUAUUGCUUCUAAAUUGUUAAUAUUUUGUAUUUCAAGUAAGUUUACAUAAGCCCACAUUACAAUUUUAUCUUUAAUUGUAAAUAAAUUCGAAUUUUUUCUCAUUUGAAUGAUUAUAUCGAAUCACAUACCUGUUAUUUUACAGAAAUGAUAAACUUUACACUAUCUGAUAUUAUCAAUGUUUUAGAACACUAUUGAUGCAUAAUGUAACCAUUUGAAAAGAAUCAUGAAAUCUGACAUGCGUCGAGAUGUGUGAAUAUAUGGACAAUAUGCGUGUUGUUGAAAUUUGUUUCGAGUUCUUGUGUACAGUAAAGCAUAGAGUCUUUAUAAAGACUAUGAAACGUCGACACGCAAGCAAUAACCCAAAUAAUGGAUAAUUCAAAUCAUUGUGUCAUAUUGCAGCAAUCUAAUUCUUUACGGAUUUGAAUAUUGUUAAUUUCUAUUAUUGCAUCGUUAGAGAAAACAAAAAUUUGAAAUUGGCAGUUGAUAGAUUUUGCCAAUUGUACACUCAAUAUGAAAAUAAUGGUAGUAGGUAAAUAAGGGAAGAGAGAGUCAAUCACAACAUCGACCCGUUCAAUGGAUCUGACCUGUUCCACAUUUUUGCAUACAAACAUUAUCGAGUGUCAAGUUUAAUAAAUCUACUAUACUUCUAAAAUAUCAUUACCAUAUUCUUCUGGUGAGUCAACUUCAUCUGAAAUGAUUGAUGAAUAUACUGUCUUACUCGUCAACGUCUGUAUCCGAACUCUACAGAAAUUAACGAUCAAUUAGCAACAAUUCAAGCUGUAGUAUUGAACGAGAGAAAGAGGACAUUUUUCAUUUAAAUUUAAGUCAAUAGCACAAUCUAAGCCUAAAUACAAACUCGAUAUUACCAUUAUCAUAUCGAUGGCAAUGAUGAAAAUAAGAUUUUAGAGAAACUGGUUUACAAAAGCGAGUAAAAGAUAGGAAAAAUCUGACAAAUAGUCUUUAUAUAUUAUCGCUUAAAUUUCCAAUCACAUCAUUAAAAUUCACCACUGACGUUUGACAUACUUAAUUUAAUAGAUUUUAAUGUAUAUCAAAAUUUAUAAACGUAUUACAUCUUGUGUCUAAUUAGACAUAACGUAAUUUAUGUCAAUAUUGCAUGUGAAUAAAUGUUCUUAUACAGUUUCAACAAUUCAAUUAAUGCAAAUUACUCAUCUUUACAUUUUUCAAUAAAUCACAUUGAUAAAUUUUUGAAA